CUCGCUCACACUCUCACUCUCACUCUCACUAUACUCUUUUCCUCGCAACUGUGCUUGAAAACUCUCCCAAACCAAAACAAAACAAAAAAAAAAAAAACCAAAAACUAAAACAUAUAAAUCAAAGCAGAAAAAAAAAGGGAAAGAAAGAACCUAGCAAAGGUCGUUCAGAGAAGCUUGAAUUUAUAUAAUCAAAAGAAAAGAAAAAAAAAAAAAAAGAGAGAAGGAAAGGAAAGAUGAGUGGUCGGACCGGGUCGCACCAGCUGAGCAAUGGGUUGUACGUAUCCGGUAGGCCCGAACAGCUGAAAGAGCGGCAGCCAACAAUGGCUUCCCGCGCCGUCCCCUACACGGGGGGCGACGUUAAGAAAUCCGGCGAGCUGGGGAAAAUGUACGGCAUCGACUUCACCGCCGCAGCCGGGGACCACCACCCCCAUCCCCAUCCCCAUCCCCAUCCCUCCGGGGCUCCACCUCCUCUGAAGCCCUCGUCGAGGCACUCCUCGUCCUCGCAGCACAACAGUGGAUCUCUCAGAUCCGGCCCGAACUCAGGCCCAUUGGGCCAGAAAUCCGGUAACUCCGGCCCCAUGCCGCCCAAGAGGUACACCUCUUCCUCCUCCUCCUUUUCCGGGCCCGUGACCCCGAUUCAGCCCACAGGGCUGAUUACCUCUGGGCCAUUGGCCACCAGUGCCGCCGGUGCCCGAAGCGGUCGGUCUGGCCAGCUCGAGCCGCAUGCUGGACCGACCACUAAACCUGCUUACGGUUCCGCCGUCACUAGCUUGAGCCAGGACGGCAGGUACGGGUUCAGGGUUUCGCGGGCGGCAAUGUGGGUGUUUUUUAUAGUGGUGGUGAUGGGUUUGGUGGUGGGGGCGUUUUUAAUGGUGGCGGUGAAGAAGUCGGUUAUCUUGUUGGCCGUGGCGGGGGUUUUGGCUCCGGUUUUGGUCAUCCUUUUGUGGAAUUUUGCCUACAAGAAGAGAGGGUUAUUAGGAUAUUUAAGGAGAUACCCGGACGCUGAGCUGAGAGGUGCCGUGGAUGGGCAGUACGUCAAGGUCACGGGGGUCGUCACCUGUGGAAGUAUUCCUCUUGAAUCUUCUUUUCAGAGGGUUCCAAGAUGUGUUUAUACAUCAACAGUAUUGCAUGAAUACAGGGGAUGGGGUGGAAAAUCUGCAAAUGCUAAACACCGUUUUUUCUCAUGGGGAUGUAGACAUUCAGAGAAAUAUGUGGCUGACUUUUACAUUUCGGACUUCCAAUCUGGUUUAAGAGCUCUAGUGAAAGCUGGGUACGGAGCUAAGGUAACUCCAUUGGUCAAACCAACAACGGUUGUUGAUAUAACAAAAGGGAACAAGGAAUUAUCUCCAAAUUUUCUGCGCUGGCUUGCUGAUCGAAGCCUCUCAAGUGAUGACCGGAUUAUGCGUCUUAGAGAAGGUUAUAUCAAAGAAGGAAGCACUGUAAGUGUCAUGGGAACUGUCAGUCGGCAUGAUAACGUGCUUAUGAUUGUGCCACCCACAGAGCCCAUGUCAACCGGUUGUCAGUGGACCCGCUGCCUUCUACCGACCUAUGUUGAAGGUCUUGUAUUGACAUGUGAUGAAAGUCAGACUGCUGAUGUUAUCCCUGUAUAGAUAUACCUAAAGCUCAUCAGUUGAACUUGUGUUUACUGCUUACUACAAGUAUACAGUGGAAGGGUGAACCUGAUCAUAUGUGAAACCCGCCAAACCACAUUGUCUAUACUUGCCGAGGAUUUCAAGUAUGCCAUAUAAGUUGGCCUGUAAAAAGACAAUUAGGAAGACCAAAGAUCUCACAAUAUGUGAGUGUAAAUUAUGAAAAAUCAUGUUGCUGAUUAUGUGUUGGCUUUUUAUGGAUACCUGGAAGUGACCAAAAAGCAGUUCCUGCAGCUAGGCAGUGCUUGUUGUGCUGAUGUUUAUUUCAGCAUUUUGACCUUUAACUGCGUUAUGUACAUAAGUUGUCGUGGUGCCUUUAGCCUUGAUGGUUUUCUUCAUAUGUAUAUUCUGGUUUGGCAUUCUUUAGAUUGAUUCCAUUCUAGGUCAUAUGUGAAACUAAGCAUAUGUGGUUAAAGUAACUUGAAUACAUUACUGAGCU